GCGUGUGGACCGUCACGGUCGGGCUGGUGGGUGAACUGCUGUUCUGCCACGCGCGGUUUGAGGAGGUUUUCCACUUCUCGAACUCUCAUCCAGUGGGGUUCCGCUGCCUCUACGUCGGAAGUUUCCUUGCAUCUAUUUUCUUCAAGAUGAAUGUUAGUAUCACUGGCUUAAGACCUUUUGCCAGAUUUUUGGUGUCAUUUACUCAUCAGAGGAGGAAAAUAAAUUUAUAUCCAAUUCCACAGAGAUACAUGUGUUCCAAAAAACCUGCUGUGCCCUACCCUAACAAGGAGAAUUCAUCCCCUCCUGCACUGCUAGAAUUGGAUGGAUGGAAAACUACAAUGAAAUCUAGUCUGCAAGAAGAAAGUGUUUCAACAGUCUCGAGCAAGGAUGAAGAUACUUUAGCUGCCACUAGAGAAUUAAUUGAGAUGUGGAGAUUGAUUAGCAAAGAAGUACCAGAACACAUCACUGAAGAAGAGCUCAAAUCUGUUAUGGAACUUCCUUCUAAAUCAGCAAAAAGAAAAUAUCUAAAAUAUUUGAGUAUUAAGGAAAGAAUGAAAAAAGCCAAGCAAAUGAAAAAGGAAGCAAAAGCAGUAGCAAGGGAAGAAGCAAAACAAGCUAAGCUGCUUGAAACCACUGCGGAGAAAGAACAAAACUUUCUAUUUCUUCGACUCUGGGACAGGAAUAUGAACAUUGCAAUGGACUGGAAGGGAGCUCAGGCUAUGCAGUUUGGACAACCUUUGGUUUUUGACAUGGCUUAUGAUAACUGUAUGAACGGCAAAGAACUGCGGAAUACUGUUUCUCAACUUCUAGAAAGUGAAGGAUGGAACAGAAGAAAUGUUGAUCCUUUUCAUAUUUAUUUCUGCAAUCUUAAAAUAGAUAGUACUUACCAUAGAGAGUUAGUUAAAUGUUACAAAGAAAAAUGGGACAAAUUGUUGAUAACAACAACAGAAAAGUCUUAUACAGACUUAUUUCCAAAGGACAGUAUUGUAUAUUUAACUGCAGAUUCUCCUAAUGUUAUGACUACUUUCAAGCAUGAUAAGAUUUAUAUAAUUGGAUCCUUAGUUGAUAAAUGUAUGAAGCCAGGUCUAUCCCUAGCGAAGGCAAAACAACUAGGACUAGCAACACAAUGCCUUCCAUUAGAUAAGUAUUUACAGUGGGACAUGGGUACCAAAAAUCUCACCCUAGAUCAAAUGAUACGUAUUUUGUUAUGUUUGAAAAACACUGGUGAUUGGCAAGAGGCUCUGAAGUUUGUUCCCAAGAGAAAGCAUUCUGGUUAUAUGGAGGUUUCCCAGUAUUCUCGGGAGUUUGUAAAUAGAUUGAAGAAGAAGACUUUUAGUUCAUAUCCUCAAAACUCUUUAAAUGUAGGCACACAGAAAAAGUGACUUGAAUAAGAAAAAACUUUGAGUUCAUUUUCUUCUAAAGAUAGUUUUCAAACUAACUGCUAGGUUAUGUCUUUCCUAAUUUCUUGGAUAUCUUCAGAAUUUUGAGAAUUAUGUCUUAUUUACUGUAAAAAGACAAGCAGAAAGAAGUCCUCCAAAGUUUGUUCAAUAGAAUGAUCUUUAAAUGACCCCAAUAAAACAGUACCAUUGCUGUGGGUUUUUA